GGUUAUAUUCUCUAUAAGCAUCUCUAUUUCCCUUUAUAAUCUAUGCGUUGCGGGUUGAUCAUUCUCUGUAAAGUUUUCGGUUUCCUCGUGCAUUAUUUUCAAUCAACUAAAUAAUUAAUUUGUAAAAUGGCUGCAAUUAGCUUACUAAAUCCCAAAGCCGAAUUCGCAAGGGCCGCCCAAGCUUUAGCGGUAAAUAUAUCAGCUGCAAAAGGUAUACAAGAUGUCAUGAGAACUAACCUCGGGCCUAAGGGCACCCUAAAAAUGUUAGUGUCUGGAGCGGGUGACAUUAAAAUCACCAAGGAUGGCAAUGUCCUGCUCCACGAGAUGCAGAUUCAGCAUCCCACUGCCUCAUUGAUAGCUCGUGCCUCCACAGCACAAGACGAUGCCACCGGUGAUGGCACCACCUCCACUGUGCUCCUGAUUGGGGAACUGCUCAAACAAGCUGACAUUUACAUUAGUGAAGGUUUGCAUCCAAGAAUAAUUACUGAAGGAUUUGAUGCAGCUCGCAACAAGGCUUUAGAAAUUUUAGACUCAAUGAAGAUACCUAUUGAGGUCAAAAGAGAGAACCUAUUAGAUGUUGCUCGUACAUCACUUAAAACAAAGGUCCAUUCAAACAUUGCGGAAUUGUUGACCGAUGCUUGUGUAGAUGCAGUACUGUCUAUCCGCUCAGGUGAUAAGCCUGUGGACUUGCACAUGGUGGAAAUUAUGGAAAUGAAACACAAAACGGCCACAGAGACUACACUUAUUAAAGGGUUGGUUAUGGAUCAUGGAGCGCGUCACCCGGACAUGCCGAAACGCGUGGAAAACGCUUACAUUCUGACGUGCAAUGUCUCGCUGGAGUAUGAGAAGACACAAGUUAACUCAGGCUUCUUCUAUAAAUCUGCUGAAGAAAGAGAAAAGUUAGUCGCUGCAGAGAGGGACUUCAUUGAUCAAAGAGUUCAAAAGAUUAUUGCGUUGAAAAAGAAAGUGUGCGAUGGUACAGACAAGACAUUCGUUGUCAUUAACCAGAAAGGUAUUGACCCUAUGUCCUUGGACGCAUUUGCCAAGGAAGGUAUCAUAGGACUUCGCAGAGCCAAGAGACGUAACAUGGAACGUUUGGCAUUAGCCUGUGGUGGUAUGGCUGUGAACUCUGUAGACGACUUGACUGAAGACGUUUUGGGUUACGCCGGACUCGUUUACGAACACAUCUUGGGAGAGGACAAGUACACCUUUGUUGAGGAGUGCAAAAACCCACAGUCUGUUACCAUUCUUAUUAAAGGUCCAAACAAGCACACGCUUACCGAAAUUAAAGAUGCCGUCCGCGACGGUCUCAGGGCAAUCAACAACGCCAUAGAGGACAAAUGCAUAAUUCCCGGUGCAGCCGCUUUCGAGAUCAAAGCGAAUGUAGAACUCCUUAAAUACAAGGACACCGUUAAAGGAAAGUCUCGUUUGGGUAUCCAGGCAUAUGCAGAGGCAUUGCUGGUCAUCCCAAAAACGCUAGCUGUCAACUCUGGCUAUGAUGCUCAGGAUACGAUUGUGAAACUCCAAGAAGAAGCUGGCUUGAGCCCUGAUCCUAUAGGCCUUGACUUGAGCACCGGAGAAGCUAUCAAACCUAAUGAUUUGGGCAUCUACGACAAUUACAUUGUUAAGAAACAAAUCCUCAACUCCUGUUCUGUAAUUGCUAGCAACCUCCUUUUGGUUGAUGAAAUUAUGAGAGCGGGUAUGAGCAGUCUCAAGGGAUAAUAUAAGUUGUUGAGGGCCAAGGAAGUAUUUUUAAAUAAUAUCGCUUUAGUUCACUUUACUUACUACACUCUUGCAUUGCAGUGAUAUUUUUUUUUUCUUUUAAUGAUGCAUUUAAUACAUCUAUAAAUUAAUUGAUAUUUGUCGCAAAACCAUUGUAUUAGUGUAUUAACACAUUACUCUAAUUAAAUUAAUAAAUGCUAAA